CAGCUUGCACCUUUUGCUGCGCGUUUUUUGUUGUUUUUCUUGUUUAUAUCAAAGUAUAAAAAUUAUUUGUAUUAUAAAUAUAUUGUGGAAAAAAAUUCGCGUAUUCAAAUUUUAAAACCUGUAUUCGAAGAAUAGAGAGUUAGAUUGCCAUGGCUGAAACAGAGACGCACCAACAUGUCGACCCACAUGAUGAGGAUGUGCAUGAUGCCAACUAUCAGGCUCCACCCGAGAAGACAAUCGAGGAGAUAAUGGCUGCCGAUCAGGAAGAUGAAAGUUUGCGUCGCUAUAAGGAGGCUUUGCUGGGUGCAGCUCAAACCGAAACUAUAAUCGUUGAUCCUAAUGAUCCCCGUAAGGUGAUUGUUAAGAAACUGGCGCUUGUCGUUGAAGGACGCGAUGAUAUGGAAUUAGAUUUGAGUGGAGAUAUUAGUCACCUAAAAAAGCAGAUCUUUGUGAUUAAGGAAGGUGUUCAAUACAAGGUGCGCAUCGAUUUUAUUGUGCAACGCGAAAUUGUUCAUGGCCUUAAGUAUGUGCAAAAGACCUAUCGAAUGGGAGUGCCAGUUGUUGUGGAUAAAAUGACCCAUAUGGUUGGCUCGUAUCCCCCCAAGAAGGAAAUUCAAUUCUAUUUGACGCCAGCUGAGGAGGCGCCCUCGGGCAUGGUGUCGAGGGGCACCUACUCUGUUUCAUCGGUAUUCACGGAUGAUGACAAGCACAUACAUCUGAAAUGGGAUUGGACCUUUGAGAUCAAGAAGGACUGGGCAUAAGGCACAUCACACACAGAAAAACAACUUCGCACAGACA